AUGGAGCAGAAGCACUUUCACGAAAAGCGGUCCUCGACAGAAAGAGCCCUUUCUAUUACGGAGAUCCUCGAAGCGAUUCUUCUUCAUCUGGAUCUGUGCACAAUUCUCACUACAGCACAAUUAGUAAAUCGAGGCUGGAGGCAAUUGAUCCGAGAAUCCACCCAGAUCCAGGAAGCUCUGUUUUUCAAACCCGAAAAACCGCGACGCAGGCGCAGUGAACCUAUUUUUAAUCCAUUGUUACUCAAUGCCUUUCCUUCACUCUUCCCAAAGCCCGGGGGCACAAGUUCCAUAAUCAGCUUCAAAUCACUUGAUAUGGUUCAAACCCCCGAGAAACUCGCAGCAUACGCACGGAAAGACGCAAGCUGGCGCAACAUGCUGGUCCAACAGCCUCCGAUCACAGAGUUUGCCUUUGUCGACGUGACACACGCCAUGGCGGGGGAUUUCUUUGAGCAAUUCAGACUUAAUAAUCUGAAGGGCAACAUUGAUCUCCAUGGUCGGAAGCACAGAGGUCUCCGAAUGGAUACACUCUUCGGAUACAUACUCUUUAGUCCCCGAUUUUACUUCAGUGACUUCUCGACAGCUAAAGUCGGCUGGUCAACAGAGGAAUUUUCUGCUCCCAGUCUGCGUGGUCACAAUGCUCUGAAAAGGAAACAAGAGUUCGAAGCGAUGAUGAAGCGAUUUCGAUUGUUUAUCCAUAACCGUCGAGUCAUUCAAUGCGUUGUCGGGCGGGAUUCCCAAGAAAAUGAGGAACAAGUGCUCAGGCACCAGAUACAAGAUGCAUAUGUGGAAGCUUCCCUCGAUUUGAACUGGGAUUCUGCGGAAACUAUUGAAGUCAAGUACAAUCUGUUAAAAGACAUUAUUGAUGGCAUCAAGUCUCAUGUGGAGUCGAUUACAGGUUUCGUGACUGGUGAAAGGGGUGAUUAA